AUGGAUCCAACUGUCACAACACAAAAGUUCUACCUUACCUCAGUCCAUCUUCCGCUGGGUCCAUCUUCGGAUAUUCAUGUUUGGUGUAUUGAUUCAGAGGAGCUUGACCAGUUCUCAACCAAGAAGACUUGGGAGGCCAUGCGACAAAGAUCGUCUCUACAACCGUGGACAGAGCACCCCAGGCCCAUAAGAGGCCCAACACAGGAAUGGUUGAUACUUGAUUCUACUUUUCCCACUUAUUUUGCUUUUAUUUNGCUAUCUUCUCAGGCCUCGUUUGAGAGGGCAAAGAAAUGGGUUCAGGAAUUGCAGGCACAAGGUAACCCUAAUAUGGUCAUGGCCCUUGCUGGCAACAAAUCUGAUUUAUUAGAUGCGAGGAAGGUGACUGCAGAGGAGGCACAAACAUAUGCUCAAGAGAACAGUCUUUUCUUCAUGGAAACUUCAGCGAAAACUGCGGCUAAUGUCAAAGAGAUAUUCUAUGAAAUCGCAAAAAGGCUACCUCGAGUACAGCCAACAGAAAACCCAACAGGAAUGGUUCUCCCAGACAGGGCCAUGGAUAGGGCAGUGAGUUCAUCUUGUUGUGCUUAGUUACAUGUAAUGGCAGACACUUCUCUUAAAAAGAGAUCUUUUGGUCAGUCACUUUGAAGCUAUGGACUUCUGUGUUUGCAUCUCUUUGCUUUGUUUUUGUGUAUUGAGAUUUGAUCUCUUUACUCUUCUGUAAAUAAAAUCUAAUACUGCAGUAACUUAGUGCGUGAGAGGCUAUGGAUCCAACUGUCACAACACAAAAGCUUCGGAACUCUAAAAUGUUAUUGUUGGAAAUAUUAACGCAAACAUUGCCGACAAAAAGGAAAGCAAGCUUUGUCA